AUGGCUCGCCUUCUCUCCCUCUUGGCCCUCGUCAGCACGGCGAUCGGCUCUUCUAUCCUGUUCGAAGGUGGUACCAUCAUCUCAUGGGAUGACGCCUCCUCCUCCACAACCAUUACUCGCAAUGCCUCCCUCCUGAUCACCAACGACACAAUCACGGGCAUCUACGCCGCCGGCGAGUCUGUUCCUCGGCCAUCGGGUAACGACACCCAAAUCAUUGACGCCACGGACAAGAUCCUGACGCCGGGCUUCAUCGACACGCACCGUCACGGCUGGCAGACAGCCUACCGAACCCUUGGCUCCAACACCAGCCUGUGGGAAUACUUUGGCCGCUACGGCGAGUAUGCCUCGGCCGGUCGCUACACAGCUGACGACGUCUAUCUGAGCCAGCUGACCGGUUUGUACGAGGCCAUCAAUGCCGGCGUGACAACAACGCUCGAUCACGCGUCGCACACGUGGUCGAACGAGACGGCCGAGGCGGGCCUGCGCGCCAGCGUCGACAGCGGUGCGCGUGUCUUCUGGGCGUACGCCAUCCGUGACAUCACCAACUUUACCAUUGCCGAGCAGAUCAGUAACUUCAGGGACAUGGCCAGGGCGGCCAUCUACGAGGGCACGCCGACGAGCCUGGGCAUCGCCCAUGACACGUUCAGCAGCGAUGCCGAAGGUGCAGCGGCCGUCGUGGCCUUGGCCAAGGAGCUCAACGUCUCCGUCAUCACCACCCACCUCCUCGAGGGUCCCUGGGGCUGUAAGUCCAAUGCGCCGAACCCCUUGCCCCCCCCCUCUCCCUUUCAAUUUAUUGCCCUGUCCCCUCUCGAGACCGAAGCAGCGCUGACAUGCGUCAUUCGCUUGUUCCCAGUUUCCAACUCGCCCGAGCUGCUGCAGUCGCUCGACAUCCUCAACACAUCCAUCCCCGUCGUCUUCUCGCACGCCUCGUUCCUCGGCUUCACCGCGCACGAGCUGCUCAAGGCGACGGACCAGCACAUCUCCAUCACGCCCGAGUCGGAGCUGCACUACGGCCACCUGCACCCGACGUCGCACCUGCUCCUCGACCAGGCGUCGCUGGGCGUCGACACGCACUUCACCUUCAGCACCGACAUCCUGACGCAGGCGCGGCUGUGGCUGCAGCGGGUGCGCGCCCUCUUCUACGCGCAGGGCCUCGACGCCUGGAAGAUCCCCGUCAACAACCCCAUGUCGGCGGGCCAGGCCUUCAUGCUGGCGACGGCGGGCGGCGCGCGCGCGCUGCGCCGGCGCGACCUCGGCGUGCUCGCGGCCGGCGCCAAGGCCGACGUUGUGCUCUGGGACGGCGCCGGCCCGGCCCUGCUGGGCUGGGACGAUCCCGUCGCGGCUGUCAUGCUGCACGCGAGCGUCGCCGACAUUGACACGGUCGUCGUCGACGGUGUCGUCAAGAAGCGCGCCGGCCGUCUCGUCGUCGACGGGUACGACGGCCUCAAGACGCGCUUCCUCGCCAGCGCCCGCCGCAUCCAGCGCGUCCUCAAGGACACGCCGCUGCCGGCGCCCACCGGCGUCUUCAUGUCCGGCGCCGAGCUGACGCGUGUGCAGGAGGCCGACGUCGUGCCCGGUAACGGUACGGGGUACUAG